AUAGUUAACGAACGUUACCAUCAUGGAUGGGAGAAAGAAGCCUUCGGGCGCCCAGAACCGAAAAAGAAAAAUGACUAGACAGGAUACAGAAAGAAAGAUGAGAACAUCACUGUCAAACUGGAUAACCAAACCAACAUCACAGCAGGAGCAGGGUGAUCAGAGCAGUUCAGAGUCCAGUCAGGGCAUAGCAAAUGGAGCCGGGAAUACUAACGUUAGUCCUCCCCAGGCCAAGUGACUAAGGCAGUGAAGGCGGCCAUUUCAGCAGGGUACCGUCACAUUGAUGGGGCCUAUGUCUACGAGAACGAGACUGAGGUCGGGGAGGGGAUUAAUGCCAUGAUCAAGGAGGGUGUGGUGAAGAGAGAGGACCUGUUCAUCGUCAGCAAGCUGUGGUCCACCUUCCAUGAAAAGUCCAUGGUGAAGACUGCCUGUCAGAAAACUCUGACUGACCUUAAGCUGGACUACCUGGACCUCUACCUGGUCCACUGGCCUAUGGGUUUUAAGGCUGGGACAGAGAACUUUCCUCUAGACAGCCAGGGGCUAACCGUGUCAGAUGACACCAACUUUCUGGAUACUUGGGAGGGUAUGGAGGAGCUGGUCGAUGCAGGGAUGGUCAAGGCCAUCGGAAUCUCCAACUUCAACCGUGACCAGAUUGAGGCCUUAUUGAACAAACCAGGCCUGAAGUAUAAACCUGCCAACAACCAGAUUGAGUGCCACCCUUUGCUGGCCCAGGAGAAGCUGAUCAGCUACUGUUGCUCCAAAGGCAUCACUGUGACAGCAUACAGCCCCCUGGGCUCCCCGGACAGAUCAUGGGCCAAACGAGAGGACCCCUCGCUGAUGAAUGAUCCAGUCAUCAAGGCUAUAGCCGAGAAGCACAACAAGAGCACGGCACAGGUUCUGAUCCGGUUCCAGGUCCAGAGGAACGUGGUCGUCAUUCCGAAGUCCGUCACACCUCACCGCAUCCAGGAGAACUUCCAGGUUUUUGAUUUUGAAUUCAGUGAGGAGGAAAUGAAGAGCAUCCUAGGCCUCAACAGGAACUACAGAUGCUGUCCCAUGAUGUGGAGUGUGAAUCACAAGGACUAUCCCUUCAAUACGGAAUUCUGAGGCGAAUGAGAGCAUCGAGAGAUUGGCUACCAUUGGUUGGUCUAUCUGGACAUCUGCUCUCCCUUUGCUGUUUCUUAGUACUUGUCUCACUCUGAAAUGUCGUCCUAUCUUCAAUGGGAGUACACCAGAUUUCAUUUUAAAAAAAUUUAAUUUUGUAAAAUGAGUCAUUUUACUUCAUUUCAAUGGACAUACUGUUUGUGAAUGAGAUGUUAUAUAUUUUAUAAAAAUGCAUGAUAAAAUGUACUGCCAUUCCUUACAAACAAACAUUCAGUAGUUCAUAGAAACCCGUUUUGAAGUAAGAAGACCCAAAUAUCCCAAAAGCACACCAAUAACUUUACCUUUUUGGGUAGACACAUGGAAACAUUUAUUUUUGUAUUUGUAGGUUAAACUUCUAGGCACAAUGGUGUAAUAUUAUUUGUGACCAGUUAUACUAAAACACUGCCACAUUCCCACUUCAAAAGCAGACCUCAAAUUAGCAUCAGUAUGUGUUGUGUCUGUUCGAUAUGGUACUUAUCAUACGCACAGAUCAGAUUAUCAUACUAUGGUUCUGAUAUCUACACCUUUGGCAUUGGCAUAGAUUCCAGUAUAUAGAAUUUAUCAACUGGCAGUGUAUCUGCUGUGGGCUACCCUAAAGAGCUGACUAAAAAGUUGAGUGAAUUGAAUAGGGAAAACUAACGUAACAUUAGGCCUAUUUUGGAUGCCAAUGCCAUAGUGAACAAGUGAAAGUUUGAAAGCAUCUGCCAAAUAAAAUUUUAUGUAAUGAGUGUUAUAAAGUAACUAAUGGCAACAAUCUGUAUUAUGCAGCUUUGUCAACAUUGACGCGUUGUACCUAACAUCUAUUUCAGUCAUUAAUUAAAAAGCUCCUUAUCACUACUGCUGUGAAGCAAGGCAUUUAUUUGUACUGGAUUGAAAAGGUUUCACAAAAAGAAACCACACCCUGAUCAUGAAUUUGCAAAUUGAUGCUUUUGCAGCAUUGACAAAUCACAGAAGUGCAAGAAAAUAUAGUUGUGAGACAAAGUUGUGAGUUUAUGGAAGCUUCGAGGAAUGUUUUUAAAGGUCUAUAUUGAUACAUGAGACAUGGCUGAAAUGUAAAUCCUAAACAGUAUUGGUGGAAACAAAGUUGCACUAAACGAUUAAAAGUUUGAAACUGUCUCAAGUGAUCCUUACAGUAUACUAGACUGCUACGUUGUGUGACUCAAGUGUCCAUGUGUAGGAUAAUUUUGAGACUCCCCAUGAUUGUGAUGACAUCACAUGUUAAGGUUUUUUUGUUAAAGGGUAUUCCUGUCAAUGUUGAUCAGACUGUUUCCUCCAAACUCUCGAUGCUGCAUGAUAUAUCACAUGUAUAACUAUAUACUAAUAUAAUCAAUAUGUAAUCCAAUAACUCUAUAUCAGUAGUUGCAGCAAAGCUUAUGGUAACGCAAGAAACCACAGUAUCCACUGUAGAAAAAAGGCAAACGCAGAAGGCUUAAAAAAAACCAUACUUACUCAGCAGAAAAUUAGUGCCAAAUAGACAUGCUAGAAAACUAAUACUUUACAGUGACCCCUGUGUAACCUGAAUACAGUAGAAAAGUACAGGAGGCUAUAACUCUGUGAACUUGUAGGCGAAAUGAAAAACUACAGAAAGAGAUGACGUGUAUACAUAGUGGAAAAGUACAGAGUAAGGGAAAAUUGUGGUAACUGUCCACUACGAUAAGAUUACCAUAGAACCGAAAACCAUUGAUACGAUAAGAUCACCAUAGAACCGAAAAUCAUUGUGGUGCCAAGAAAGUCAGGUUGACCCACGAGCAGGAAACUGAAAAUCCUUACACGGCCAAAAAAGAUCCUUACUGUGCCAAAAAAGACCAGAUGGCUGGUAUUUUUAGAAAUGUGUUAAAGGGGGGUUGUGGGGCACAAUUUGUGUAUAAAAUGUAUGCAAAACUGACAAUCGAGGUUCAAUUCCCCUGAAUUGAUCCGGCUUUGUGCACCUGUGCAAUAAAGUCUAAACUUUCUGAAGAGCUUGCUGCUGUUGUGUCUUUUCCCUCGUGAAAUAGUUUUCUACAGAUUGGCGAUUGGCGUGGAAGUCUGUCGGUUCCUAGACACGACACAUGCACUGUGUGGAAACGGCAAUGAGAUCAUCUCAGUGGUCCCGAUUCUUCCUCCUUCAUAGCCAAAUGGAGAGAUCAGUACUCGCUUAAAGGCUUUACGGUUUGUUCCCCUCAAACAAAAAGAAUACACAUAAGAUGGAGAAUGGAGAAAUUCAAGGGGCUGCAGGGUUUCUAAGCAUAUUUGGUAUACAGAUGUGAAUUAGUGAGAGGUGGUUGUUGGCUCCACCCUCUGAGAUCCAUGCUCACCGGAUGAAGGGAGAGGCUCUCCAGUUCCUGUUGAAGCUCAUGAGAGUCACCAUGUCAUCCUCGCUCAGCUCAAAGUCAAAGACCUGUAAAGGUAAUGUCAUAUAAUGGGUAGGGAGCUGUGCUUGUAACCCAAAGGUUGCAGGUUUGAUUCCAAUGUUGGACACUGCCGUUGUACUCUUGAGCAAGGUACCCACCCUGAAUUGCUUCAAGAUAUGUCCAACUCUACAAAUGGAUGUACAAAUGCUGAAAGUUGUUUUCCUGGUAAAGGUUUUCCUGACUCAUGCAGACUUGGGUCUCAGUUAAGGUUGUUACCUGAAUGUUUUUGUUUAUGCAGUGAAGCAUUGUAGACUUGGGGAUAACAAUCACAUUCCUCUGGUCAUGGAAACGGAUCAGGAGCUGUUUUGAGGAACAACCAGAAUAGAACACCAUGUGACAAAACUGACCAUCGUGGCCAUCCUGGGCAGGUGAUUCAAAUGAUUAGAUUUUGGCGAGAUUCCAGACCCUUUUUCAGAUUAGAAAGAACACAAGGUUUCUUAGAGUGCAAACAAGUUUAGCUUAAGCUUGUUUGAUUUAGCUAUGCACUAAUCUAACUCUAGACAAGAGUACCUGCUAAAUGAAUGAAUACUGCGUUACAUUCUGUAUAUUAUAAUAUGGUAACAUUUCCUUGGGCAGAACAAGUUCCAACUAUCAUGAUCUGAGCACUGUGUUCACCCCAGCAGUACAUGGUUAGUAUUGACUCUACCUGCACUGUGGUCUUCCUGUACUUGUCAGCUAUGGUCUUGAUCUUUAGGUCCUCCAGCAGAGAUGGUUCUCCUGCAGUUGCACUGCAGAAAUGGAAAGACAGUUAUGACAUUUAAAUAUUUAGCCCAAAGCCUGAGCUCAGGACAGGUGUGUCCCAAGAAUGUCUGCUCACAAAGAUCUGUCCGGGGAGCCCAGGGGGUCGUAUGCUGUCACAGAGAUUCCUUUCGGUGGCACUCAAUCUGAAGGGGGAACAUGCAAGAUUAGGUGAGCUCCGCUCUGUCACUGCAUCUCUGGUCAUUGUGCUAUUGUUACUGGGGGAUGGCCAUCAUCAGCAACACGCAUACAUAUAUAUCAAGCGGUGAGAAGUAGCUUUUUUUGAUAACAUUGGUAAUUGCCAAUAAAAAGAAACCAAAACCGACCAGGCCUUAACAGUUCUCCCAUGACAUUUUACUUUGCGGGCUCUCAGAUGCAAAUUUAAUAAUCAAAUCAGGUUUAGUGGUAUGGUAGAUUCCUUAAAUUAUUAUUAUCAUUUUAUUUGUACAUUUUUUACAGUGGACGAGAAAGUGCAUUCAUCUCAUGCCCUCGCACACAUGCAGAAAUCUUUGAAGGCGUAAGUCGAAAAGACAGUACAGGAGAAUUGUAAUUGUUGAACAACAACCGACAGUGCCAAGACAGCAUUAGAAUAACGAUCUGUUAUUCCAUUAUAACACUGCCACUGGGAAACAGGUGGCAGAAUGACUGAGGUCUUGAGCAGAUAAUAACAUUAAAGUCUGGGGCUUAAGUUGAGGGCACCUACAGAUCAAUAGAAAGCUGAGAAAAUCUAAGGGUUUGCAUCCAGCCUGAGGGACUGCUUCCGGUCUGUAACCUUUUCACUUCAAACUCUACCUGGUUAUUGGCAGGCUUGUCCUUCAGGCUUGGUUCAUUCAGUAUGGCCUCAAUCUGUUCAUGGUUAAAGUUUGAGACUCCAAUGGCUUUGAUCAUGCCUGCAUCUACCAGCUCUUCCAUACCCUAAACAACAACAUGUAUCAUUGAUGUCAUUCACUGCAAUAAACAAUAUGAAAGAGUUUCAGUAUUUCAACAGAGAUAGAUAGAAAUCUGAGACCAAUCACUCAAACAUAUGAUGCAUUAUUUAUACAAAAAUAUUAAUUGAAUAUACAUUUAUAUUAAUUCAUUAAAAAAAAAAACAGGAUAACUGAGAAGGGUGAAUGAUUUUACCUCCCAAGUGUCUAAAAGGUUGGUGAUGUCAGAUAGGAUUUUUUCAUUAUCAUCCAGAGGAUGCAGGUUGUCUCCAGGCUGCAGUGAGAAAUAAUCAAUUUUAAUACAUUUCCCCAUGAUAAUAUUUUAAAGGGGUGUAUUCCCUUUGGAAAGAAGCUUCAAAAGACACAUGCCUGUUUCCAUUCUCCAAAAACAGAGAGGAUUACAAUAACCAAGUACUGGGCUUUAAAAUGUGAUGGGGAGUUGUAAUAGGGAGUUGCAAAUUAGGAAAACAAAAUAGAAACAAAUGUGCUAGCUACCCUCAUUGAAGCCAGACGUGCCCAUGAAACUACUCUUGAAUUUGUUUAGCAGUAUAGAUAGGGUGUUAUCUUGGAAUAUGGGGACAUCACUAAGGAACAGUGUGCACCAUAGUUUGGGCCUAGUCUGUAAAGUGGCUUCAUAUUCCUUGAUUGUUAUGCAGAGUAAUACCUGGACACAGCUUUUUGCUGUCCUGUCUUGUAGCUGAGGCUGCCAUUAUCCAUUGCCCUAAAGUCAUCAUCACCGUUGGAAGUCAACAGUAACACUCACUACUCCUCUGCUGACCUCUUCUGACAAGGACACGCUGACAAUUUUGCACACUGGAAAAAUUGAUUAAUAAACAAUAGGGUGCUUGUUUACUGUUUUGCAGGAUGUUCAGCCCCUUUGCACACACUGGUUUUUUUUUUCUCCUGCAAUUUAUAUUUUAUGUAACUUUUUUUAUGGAAGUUGUGUAUUCCAUAGUUCUGUCAUGCUGAGCUAUAAAUUGGUAUUUGUUUAACGUGCAGGCAAGGGCUACAGCAAUAUGCCAAGUCAUAUAGUAUGUUUUGCUGAGUCAUUGAGCUAUUGUGAAAACGACGAACUUAAUGCCACAAUCGACAAGCUACAUCUAUAUUCCUUCAAGUUUUUUCACCGAGUGUGUGAAUAAGCAUGUGAAUACGGGUCUGAUGUCUCUGCUUGUUUGUAGAGACCGAAGCUGAUUACAGGAUAGCACUACGACUACUACCCCAGUAAGGAAACUUGAUACUUGGAGAGGGGUACCCUGGAGCAGUAGCAGUGUCCACUAGAGGGAGAUAUAUUUAAGUCCCUCAUUUGUGCGGGCCACAGUUUUAUGGAGCGCCCAUCUUGCUACAGCCAUGACGUAAAGGAACGCAACUUUGGUGCCAGUUUAGAGAGAGCUAGGUGGCACCUGGCUAAAUUUAGCUGCUGAAUAACAGGCUUCAAAAUGUUGCAGUUUUUGGUUGGGUUCACGUUGGGUAAUGUGGUCGGGAUGUAUCUUGCUCAGAACUACGACGUCCCCAAUAUUUCAAAGAAGAUUGAAGACUUCAAGAAAGACGUGGAAGCAAAGAAAAAACCCCCAGAGUGAUGGAAGAAGGAGAAAAUUAUUCCAAGCACUUAUACCAAGAUUUGAGAGGGAUGACAUGGUACAAUAAAGAAGGAUACCUUCAACAGUGUGCAGGAUAGUGUUUUUGCCUGUUUGGCCAUAUGAGUCUAUGCAGAAGCACAGCUUUCAUAGGAAAAAGUAACUAAAGAUGGAACACUGAGCGCUAAUCAGUAUCUGUGGACCAUUUGUUACAAGUCUGGCUGCGACUUUUGUAAGUGUUGUGUCAAAGAUGACUUUAUACAGCCUUCAAAUGUAGAAGUGAAUUCAAGGAAAGCUUAUAGAAAAUUGGUACAACAUUUUUCAUAUUUGUGGUUGCUUUUACUGGAGAGAAUGGAAAUUUGGUGAAAUAUAAAUUAGGUUAUUUUUAAUAUUUACUUUUGCAGAGUUAUAGAAGUUAUCAUACUGCCAAGGAGAGGUGCGAUGUUUAAAUUAAUUGCCAGAAUCUUAUUUUGAACCUCUUAUUUGGAAAAACCCCUGUCAGCUUUUUAAAUGUUAUUAGUUUAAUAAAGCAUUUUGAAUUCUU